AUGCCGGCCGAGCUAUUGUACUACAUCUGCGCAUACCUGUCUUUCACCGAUGUUGUCGCUCUCGAAGGCGCACUCCACGGCCACCAUCACGAGGUUGUCCACAAAUACAUGAUGGAACGCGGCUUGAAAUCGACCAGGCAUCCUCUGCACAAGCUGCCCAGGAAGCGAUCAACAUCAACGGGACAGAUCAUAAACACGGAGAUCAGGGAGCACAGAAAUCUGUGGACGGCCUUCAUGCACGCAGCUGCUCGCGGCCAAACGUCGAUUAUGUUGCAGCUGCUCGCUCAUGGAGCCGUAAAUGUGCACGCAUCAGACCGAGAUGGGCGGACAGCCCUGUUCCUUGCGGCCAAGGGGGGUUACCUAACGUCUGUCGCGCUCAUUCUGAGUCAAGGCGCUGAUCCACAACGAAUUGAUCGGUUUGGGCGCACCAGCAUGCACUACGCAGUUCAGGAAGGACACGAGCGGGUUGUCAGCCUCCUGAUGCAGAACGGAUGCGACCCUCAGCUACCUGACAGCAAUGACAUGACCCCGAUACGUCUCGCAGUCAAGGCCAGAAACGAUGCCGUGGUGGAGAUGAUGUUGUGCGCCAUUGCUAACAUCGACUCUCCUGCUCUUCUCGUCGCCGCCGUGGAAUACAACAAUGAGUGGGCUGUAAGAAGGGCACUCAGGCACGUCAGUCCCAACAUUAGACACAAGGGCACCAUUCCACUGCUUCUGUCGACGAAGCCCAAGGUCAUCAAGGUCCUGCUGUGCGACCCACGGAUCGAUCCGAAUCAGUCCGAUCAUAACGGCAGGACCGUAUUGAUACAUGCCGCUCGAAAUGGGUUGUGGUCUGUGGUCAACCUCCUUGUGGCCAAAGACGGCCUUGACAUUCAUAAAAUCGACAACAACGGGCAAAGCGCCAGCGAUUACGCUGCUAACAUGAACCUUAACCGCAUUGAAAACGCUCUCAGCAACUAUCCGCUUCGGAGAUCGCAACUACGAUAUACGUGGGGACAACAGACAGGGCGCCGUGGACACCUGCACCUGCUAAGGAGACCUUCUUCAGCUAUGUAUUCAACAUGA